GUCGCUGUGACACGCAGUCGCGGAUUACCUUUCAACUCUCGUCCGAAGCGUCGUCGGCCAAGAUUUAUCGUACUCGCGUACACGUCCAUCGAAUACGUUGAUGAUCCCUCCAGGAUGAAGAAGUUUCUCUUGAUCUCGCUAACCUCACUGAUCGCCUUGUCCAUCGCCGCCGAAAAGUAUCCUGAGAAAUACGACAACGUGGACGUGGAUAGAAUUCUGCAAAACAAUCGUGUUCUCACCAAUUACAUUCGUUGCUUGAUGGACGAGGGACCCUGUACCGCCGAAGGUCGCGAGCUGAGAAAGACAUUACCGGAUGCUCUAUCAAAUGGUUGCAGCAAAUGCAACGAUAAACAAAAGGCUACAGCGGAGAAAGUGAUAAAUCAUCUUAAAAUGAAACGAUCCAGAGACUGGGAUCGACUCAUCUCUAAAUACGACCCAAACGGCGAAUACAGAAAGCGCUUUGAACAAUCUUAAUGUAGUCGACAUAUUUUGUUUCACGCACAUUACAACACACAAUCGUCGCGUGAACUAGAAUUUAUUGAAAUAUACUUCACUGCGAAAUGUCGAUAUUUAUUCGAGUGAAAUCCGAUCCGUUAUACGAAUGGAACCCUAACGAGUGUUUCGCCUUAAUCAAUUUUUGCCGAGUCAACAUUCCUCAUGAGUGUGACCCUAUUUCGUUCGCACUGCAAAAUAUGCUCAAGUAUAAUUCAAUACAUUACUUUGUGUUUAAAUAUAUAAAAGAGA